AUGAGCAAGAGGAAGUUGACAUGGUUUGUGAAUGAAGGUCAUGUGGAAGGAUGGGAUGAUCCGCGCUUCCCGACUGUACGUGGAGUGAUGCGUAGGGGUAUGACGGUGGAGGGACUACGACAGUUUAUCAUUGCUCAAGGUGGAUCACGUUCGGUCGUAAUGAUGGAAUGGGAUAAAAUUUGGUCUUUUAACAAGAAAGUCAUUGACCCCGUGGCCCCAAGAUACACAGCUCUUGACUGUGCAUCACUCGUCCCUGUUUUUAUCUCAACUCCAGUUACGGUCGAGGAAGUACAGGUUCCUCUUCAUCCGAAGAGUGUUGGCUCAAAACCCAUAUGGCGGAGCGCAAAGCUAUUAGUAGAGCAAGCCGACGCUCGUGAAAUGAAAAGUGGCGAUACAGUUACCUUUGUUAACUGGGGAAACAUCAAGAUUUCCUCAGUCGAAAGAGACAAGGAAACAGUGACGCAGAUAUACGCAGUUUUGGAUCUAGCAAAUCAGGACUUCAAGAAAACUAUGAAGGUGACGUGGAUAGCGGAAGCCGAGGCUCCUAGCGCAGCGCUUAUUCCAGUGGUCACUGUAGACUAUGAUCAUAUUAUCAGUAAAGCUAUAAUUGCCAAGGAGGAUGACUGGAAGAACUACAUCAACUAUGAUUCCGUGGUAAGUUCUCAUUCAUAUGGUGUCUCAGCCCAACGACUAACCACCUCGGUUAUGCUGGUCAGGCUAUUCUAGUC